AUGUGCAUGUGUGGGAGUGGUGGAAAUGCCUUCACCCAGUGUCCUGGUCUUUGGCACAGGGACUUGUGCUCUCACUGCCCCACUAGCAAGCACCCCUCCUUGGCUGCAGACCUCCGCCCACUCUACACCUCUACCCUGUCCAUGUCUAAGCUGUCCACCUUCCAGGUGAAAUCUCUCUCCAGAGUUUUAUCUCAGACAGGGUUGUGUUUCAGAACCCCACUUUUCAGAGACCCCUUGCUUCAAUCUUCACUGACUCUCGCUGCAGAGACGAAUAACCCAAGACUAACCUGGGCAGAACUCAGUCAGGUUAAGGAGUCACAAAGACGGCGAGUGAAACCUGAGAACAUUAAAACAUCCAUUUCAAUAACUGAGCAGGAAAUGGCCCAUGCGGAAUUCAAUCUUCAAGUUGCUUCUCAGGAGCUUCAAGGGAUUGACAAGAACUGUCUCUGCAAAGGGAGGUACAUUGCUGAGAUUCUGGGAAUCAUCUGCCUUGUCUUGAUGUCCACUGUGGUAAAAAUAAACGUUAUUCCCUCUACUGAAGGACCAGAGCAGAACAAAACCUCCCUGGAAACAAAGAUCCAGAAAGCAUGUCUCUGUUGUCAUUGUCUGAAAGAGUGGUUUACGUAUUCCAACAAUUGCUAUUACAUUAGCACUGAGGGAAAAUCAUGGAAGGAGAGUUUGACGUCCUGUGCUUCUAAGAACUCUAACCUGCUCUACUAUGAUGAUGAAGAGGACAAGUUUUUGUUGAAUUUACUCUCUGCUACUACAUGGGUUAGAGGCUCCCAGAGAAGAAAUCAUAGUUCAUCUGUGCAGCCAAAAGCCUUAACAUUUUCUUCCGAAGUGUUGUCAGUAUCUUCAGAGAUCCACAAGAAUUGUCCAUAUAUCGAUUUCCGUACAAAAAAAAUGUAUUUUGCACCGUGCUCAUUUAGAAGACGAUAUGUUUGUAAGCACCAGGCAUUGUAGUUACCUCAUUUUAGUAGAAUGCUGUUUCACCAUUGAUAAGGAAUCCAUCACUCAUUACUUCAACAGCCAUACAAUUGUUUUCGUUGCACAUUUUGAAGAUAAUGUUUUUUAGUGUAAUUUUCGAUUCACAACAAAACUAAGAGGAAGUUCCAGAGAACCCUCUAUUGCCCCUGUCUGCACACGUGCAUGGGGUCUUCCAUUAUCACCAUCAUGCACUAGAAUGUUUCAUUUUUUAUCAAGGAUGAAUCUGUAUCAAUGCAUCUAUAUCACCCAAAGUCCAACGUGUGCCUGAGGCUUCA